AUGGAUCCACCUUCUAGUAAUAAAAAACGUACUCCAAGCCGCUGUAGAGAAUGGGAAAAGCAAAGGCGUAUAAAAUUUAAUGAUGCAAUAUCAAAACUUGGAGAUAUCGUCAAAUCUAUACACAAAGCAAACAGUAACAUGAACGGUGAAGAGCUUGACAAUGCCAACUACCCAAAAAUAGAAAUUGUUCAAAAAGCAAUUAUAUGCUUGACGAAUAUAAUGCAAGAAAAAACACAAUUAAAGGCUGAAAUUCUAGCUUUAGAGGUAAAAUUAGAAGCCAUUGAGAAACAAAAGCAAAAUAAAAGAGAUGUCUCCCUUCAAGUAACAAUAGGUUUAAACAAAAAAAGUCAAAAUAGCAAAUAUGUAAAGUUAUUAAUGCUUCAAAAAUCAAAAGAGAAUAAUGGAAAGGAAAAAGAAAAGGAAAAGGAAAAAACGAUAACACAAAAAACAAAACCUAAGAUAGACACAAAUACAUUAAACAAAAAUCCACCAAAGUUACCAAAAUUACUGCCACUAACAAAUAUGAAAAAAGAAAACACUAUUGUUAUGUUGCCAGCUACACCAUAUAUAUUCCCCCAACGGCCAGUAUUAUUUCCUCAACCGCCAACUAUAGUUUUGGUAGAUACAAAUCUCCAAACACUUAACAAACCAACAACAAUCCCAGUUAUCAAUAGAAAUACUAAUGACAUCACUAGAACAACAAUGGUCAAUGUAUUACCAAUAUCGGCAUAUUCACGUCCACUGUCAGCUCUGAAAUCAAAAAAGGGUAAUAAGGGGAAAAGUAAUUCGCCUAAGAAAGGGGGUAAAAAAGCAAAAUCUAAUGAUACUCCUGUAGAAAAUAAUAAACAUGAAGAAAAGCCUGAUGAUAAAAUCAAUACAGACAACAGUGAAAAACCCGCUAGUGACCGGAAAGUCUCAGACGCAGAAACUACUGCCGAAAUAAACGAGCAAUCAAAUUCAAUUAAAGAACCAAGCCUGAAAGAAGCGCCAAACAUAAACGAUACCAGCAUAGUUGCCUGUGAGACUAACAAUAAUCUAUCUUCCGAAGAAACUGUCGAUAUAAAUAAAAUUACAGAACCGCCCAAAACAGUAGAACCAUUAAUUGAUAAGCAAAACAACAUUAAAAUAGCAUCAAACAAUCUUCCAUGUCAUCCAGAAAAUGUACCAAAAACAGUCUCUGUGGAUAAUGUCAAAUGUGACAAAAUUCCUGUUGAGAAAACUUUAGGCGCUGAAUACAAAAACAAGGAUAAUAAGUUGCCACCUAUAAUCGACCCAACCAUUUGUGAAAAUGUCGUCGAUGGUGGUAAUGCGAGAUUAGAAUUAGCAGAGGAAUUCUUAGCUGCGUCACCAACAGCUGCUUUUUUGAUGUCAUUCCCAUUAGUGAGUGGCAACAGAGCUGACAGCCCUGCUGAAGAAGCUAAUAAUACAAAUGCGAAGGACAAUCGACGCGUUGAAAUAACCCAGCCGGUGUCAUACUUUGAUAAAUCUAACACAUCAGAUAGUAAAACGAAAGCUCCCAUUAAACAGAAUGUCGCCACAGUUCAAAAUACCAACAAGGUAGCCGAACAACAGAAAUAUGAAAGCAAUCAAAAAAAUACAGAACUAAAAGUCACCGCGCCUAUAUCGAGUGUAACCACCGCUAAUGAUAAUCCAUUUCUUAACUUACCUCUGCCAUCAAUAAUAUCAUCCAGUUGCAAUCUAGCCGAUGCUACAUUCGGCAUUGAUUUCGAUUGCCAUGUCACUAAAACUGGUACUACAGUAACAACAUCGCACAGUAAUUCUAACAAUUUUAUGUACAAAAGUGAACCAUUCAAUGCAGUUAAGAGUACUAUUUAUAGUACCAGCAGUAUAUCGUCUGGACAUGAGUUUAAUAGCUUGGGACUGUAUCCAUGCGCCAUGGAUAAUUAUUCAAACAAAAAUAAGCCAGACCUGACCAACGUUGAAGACAAUUUAAUGAAGAUAAAUUCAUCGAGGCUGACAUAUGACAUUGAUUUGGGAUGGUCUCACAAGAGUUUCGAUUUCGUCAAUUGUACUACAAGCGCAAAUACGUUCCAUAAAGACACUAUAUUAACUACUGUGUCCACACCAUUUUCUACAAACUAUAAUCCGUUCAAUCCAGACUUCCACGUCCCGUUAGUUCCUAAUUCUAAUAAGAAAAACCUUAUAGUAAGACAACUACAUUCCCCGAUCAGAUCACAAACUUUUAUUCCCAAAGUGGUAAUCUAUGGUCUGAUGAAGUUUCAUCCAUAUACACAAAUAGUAAUGUUUCGAAAAAUUUUAUAUCAAAGCAACAAAAUUAUUUUCCCGUGGAACAUUUACAACCAAAUGUCCAUACGAAAACAAGCACAGCCAAACAGUUUGAUACUAAACAUAUAUCAGAAAGUGCCUCUGAAACCAACUUAA